UUCCGUGCUUGCCUCCUGUAGUUUUUCCUCCCGUGACAGCGGCCACCUUCCAGGGCCAAAGAUCGUCUCACGGGCUUGCUUGCUUGCAGUCAUGUCGGCAGCUGCUUCAGUGGACAACAAGGCUGCUCACAGCAAUGGAGCCCCGGCUAAAAAGAAGGGACCCGGUGCCCUGGCUACUGCUUAUUUGGUCAUCUACAACGUUGUUAUGACAGCGGGUUGGCUGGUAAUUGCCGUGGGUCUCGUUCGGGCGUACCUGGCCAGAGGAAGCUACCACGGCCUCUACUAUUCCAUCGAGAAGCCCCUCAAGUUCUUUCAGACCGGUGCCAUCUUGGAGAUUGUACACUGUGCUGUUGGGAUUGUGCCCUCUUCCGUCAUCCUGACUUUGUUCCAAGUCACGUCCCGGGUUUUCCUCACCUGGGCCGUCACACAUAGUGUCCGAGAGGUGCAGAACGAGGACAGCGUGCUGCUUUUUGUUAGCGCUUGGACCAUUACCGAGAUCAUCCGCUACUCCUUCUAUACCUUCAGCCUGCUCAACCACUUGCCCUACCUCAUCAAGUGGGCCCGGUACACCUUCUUUAUCGUGCUGUACCCUUUGGGCGUGAGCGGCGAACUGCUAACCAUCUACGCGGCGCUGCCCCACGUACAAAAGACGGGUCUCUACUCGAUCACGCUGCCCAACAAAUACAACUUCUCUUUCGACUAUCACACCUUCCUCGUCUUCUUCAUGAUCUCCUACAUUCCAGUGUUCCCUCAACUCUACUUCCACAUGAUCCGACAAAGGAAGAAGAUUCUGGGCCGCACUGAUGCCUACAGCAAAGUGGAGUGAGACAAGGACUCUUUCCAUCCAAAUGGGACCGGACCUCGCAAACUCCAUUCGUUGGUAUUUCCCCAACUACUACUGCUGUAUUUUUCCCUUGUUUUAUUUAUGAACAAACUACCCGAGCGGCACCGCCAUCUUGCCCGGCGCGCUCAAGGAUGUACUGAAGGAAUCCACUGCUUCCAUAUUAAAUAGUCAACAAUCUUAAUUUCCCCCGUGCCCACUAUUAACGUGUUUGUUUUUUGCUUUCAUGACAAUAAACCUGUUGGAAUCUCUCUUGACGUUGCUUCGACAUGUUACAUAAUGGUUUGGUGGUUUUGUGGUUAUAUAUAAAACAUUAAAACAUG